GACGGCGGCGCCCGCGGCGCGCCGGCCGCGGCGGGGGCGGACGAGCAGCCCGCCGCGGGCGCGGAGGGGGCUGCGGGCCGGGAGGCUGGCGCGGCAUCGGAGGCAGACGGGGAGCAGCAGGACGCCGUGGUCGCGGUGGCGGAGGCCAAAGAAGAGCGAGAAGCACCAGGCGGCGGCGACGCCGACGCCGCGACCGCCGCGGAACCGGUGCUGGGCACGCCACGCGAGGCCCUCGUGGGCGCGCCAGAGGCCUCAGCUCCGGCCCGCGGCGCGAAGUCGAUGCCGCCCACCACCGCGGGCUCCGCGUCGGCACCCUCGCUGCUCGGGGGCACCCGCCCUGGCACGGUGGAUACGGGCGCCGGCGCCCGCGUCGACCCACUGGCGUCCUGGAGGACGGGCGAGUGGAAGGCCUUGCAGGAACUGCAGGCGACGAGGGAGGACGUGGGGGUGCAGACGCGGAUAGGCUUCGACCAGCCCCUCCGGAGCUGGGCCGUCUGGGAGGUAGACGCAGAUCCGCCAACCGGCGCGAACAUGGUCGAGGCAACGAGGCGCGAGCUCCUGCAGUGGUGCCUCAGGUACAUCGAGCGCGCGGACC